AACGGGUUUGCCGACGCCUCGCAGGUGUUGAUUUUAUACCGAAAGAGCCGGACGCCGCGAGCCACCCAUCAUGGGCAAGGAGAAAACCCACAUCAACAUCGUCGUCAUCAGCCAUGUCGACUCCGGCAAGUCCACCACCACCGGGCACCUCAUCUACAAGUGCGGGGGCAUCGACAAGAGGACCAUCGAGAAGUUCGAGAAGGAAGCUGCGGAGAUGGGCAAAGGUUCCUUCAAAUAUGCCUGGGUUUUGGACAAGCUGAAAGCUGAGCGUGAGCGUGGUAUCACAAUUGAUAUUUCUUUGUGGAAAUUUGAAACAAGCAAGUACUAUGUCACCAUCAUUGAUGCUCCUGGACACAGAGAUUUCAUCAAAAACAUGAUUACUGGCACCUCCCAAGCUGACUGUGCUGUCCUUAUUAUUGCUGCUGGUAUUGGUGAGUUUGAAGCUGGUAUCUCCAAGAAUGGGCAGACUCGUGAACAUGCCCUUCUGGCCUACACACUGGGUGUAAAACAGCUGAUUGUUGGUGUGAACAAGAUGGAUUCCACUGAGCCACCGUACAGCCAGAAGAGAUACGAAGAAAUUGUCAAAGAAGUCAGCACUUACACCAAGUAA